AUGGGCUUGGGUGUACUUGACGAUCGCUGUGGCUUGGCCCAGGUCCCUGGCACUGUUGCCCUAGCGGAUAUCGACCACCUCUACACCGAGGGGGACGGAAGCCCACGACUAAAACGAGGCACCGGCAAGGACAAGGAUGUCAUCCUCGCUCCGCAACCUUCCAAUGAUCUUAACGAUCCUCUGAAUUGGCCGUACCGCAAGAAAUUUGUGAUCCUCUUGGUUAUGGUUCUGGGAGCCUGUCUAAAUGCGUCUACAGUUGGCCCUCUGCUCAGCGCCAGUAUCGUGGUGCUCGCUGGGGAAUUCAACCGGCCUAUUACUGACAUCACCCUGCUCACCGGAUACAAUAUGGUUGUUGCAGGCGCAUCGUGCCCGCUGACCUCAGCCCUCGCCACAAAGUACGGCAAGCGGCCGGUGUUUUUCGGCUCUUCUGUCGCCUGCCUCGUGGGAAGUAUCAUCGGCUCCGCUAGUCAGAGCUACAACACUCUUCUGGCUGCUCGAAUUAUCCAGGGUCUGGGAUUCGCAGCAUACGAGUCACUGACGUUCAGUGUGGUCGGAGACCUGUUUUUCGUCCACCAACGUGGUGCUUGGGUGAAUGUCGUUCAGUUUACUCUAUCCGCGGUAUCGAACCUGAGCUCGGUUAUUGCAGGGCCCAUAACAGCCCAUCUUGGAUGGCAUUACCUUUUCCACAUUCUGAUUGCCGCCUCUGGUCUGCAAACGGUCCUGUGCUUCUUCUUCGCGCCCGAAACGAGCUACAUACGAGAUGGCAUUUGCACUCAGCGUCUCAGCGCGGGAGGAGAAAAGCUUGACGUCCAAGUGAACGGAGUUGCAGAGCACCUCGAGGCUGCCGACAGAGCCGAACCAUGGCACAGCCCACAGUCCCCGGCUAAGAAAACAUUCUCGCAAGAGCUAGCCCUAUAUACAGGGGUGUACAGCGAAGAGAGCCUUUUGAAGCUGAUAUUCGGUCCCCUUGUGUGUCUCACAAAUGUCGUUGCACUAUGGACCGUCGUGGUCACAGCUGUCAUCACAUCAACCUACGUCGCGAUGUCCUACGUUGUGGCCCAAAUCUUUUCCCCGCCCCCGUAUUUGCUAUCCAGCGCGCAAGUUGGGUACCUAUCGGCAGGACCAUUCAUCGGCGGCGUCAUCGGAACCAUCCUCGUAGCAAAGACGACGGACCGUCUAGUUGUCUGGAUGGCGAAGCGCAACAAAGGAGUCUACGAGCCUGAAUUCAGGUUCCCGCUUGUUCUAUUCUCCUUCAUCUGUACCGGCGGCCUCUGUGGUUUUGGUGCCCUCGCUCAAGCGCAAGGAAACCUGUACGUGAUCGACUUCAUGUGGGGGCUGACACUGGCAGGGAUCUGUUUCUGCGUUGGCCCGUGUUCGAGCUACGCGAUCGACGCCUUCCGCGAAAUGAGUAACGAAAUUUUCGUGGCGAACGUCAUGGUUAAAAAUUUCCUCUUCUAUGGCUACAGCUACUUUAUCAACGACUGGAUUACGGCCCGUGGUGCAGCGACUCCCUUCUAUGUCUUUGGGGGGGUUAGUGCCGCGCUGAUUAUCUCUACGAUUCCCGUCUACAUCUUUGGGAAACGCUAUAGAAGCUUCUGGCAUACGCACAACAUCAUGGAGAAGCUGGGCAUUCAGGGUCAUGCUGAGAUAUGA